AUGGUGCACCGUCUCGCCUUCUGGAGCUGCUUCGGCCUCGCCGUGCGCUUCUGGCAAGUCGGCAUCGAAAUGCGCCCUUUCUUCAACCGAUCCUCACUGUGGGCGUAUCCAGUGUACGCGCUCGGCGGCGCGAGCUUCGGCUACUGGCUGCAAGGCGUCGACGACCGGCAGACGGCGACUCUCAAUGAACGCAAGGCCUUCCUACUCGAGAAGCGGGCGCGCAAGGCACAGCGGGAUGCGGAGGCGGCGGCGGCGGACUCGUGA